AUGCCCGUGAUCGAUAUUAACAAAGACUUAUCAGCACUCUUCCACGACCAAGUCCGAGCCACGCCUGACCUGGUCGCCUUAGAGGACGACAGCAAGACGUUGACUUAUGCCGACCUGGAACGUGAGACAAGUGCUCUGGCUGACCGACUUCGACAUUAUGGCGUCGGCCGUGACAAGCUUGUCGGGGUGCUGCUGGGCCGCAGUGCAGACUACAUGAUCGCGUGUCUUGCGGCUUUGCGUGCGGGUGGGGCUUUCCUCGUCCUCGAACUUGCCUAUCCCCCGGGGUUGUUAGCCGAUGUCAUCGAGGAUGCGCGGCCCACUGUCGUGAUCACACACAGGGCCCAUGCUGGACAACUCAAGUCGGAGGCCCCCCUCAUCAUACUUGACGAACCUGAGGCGAAUACCAAUGGCGCGGCACCGAGAAAUAGCACCGCCAAGGAGUCUUUACCGUUACCGGCAGACGAUGAUCUCGACCGGCUCGCCUUCGUGUCGUACUCCAGUGGCACCACUGGAAAGCCAAAAGGCAUUGCCAACCCUCAUCGAGCUCCCGUGCUUUCAUACGAUCUACGGUUUCGUCUGAGUGAUCUCCGACCGGGUGAUCGGGUGGCAUGCAACGUCUUCUUCAUCUGGGAAAUCCUGCGCCCCCUACUGCGGGGUGCCACCGUUGUUGCCGUACCAGACGAGGCAAGCUACGACCCCCUGGCUCUCGUGGACCUGCUCGCGAAUCGACGCAUCACUGAGACUCUCAUGACUCCAACCCUACUCACUACAAUUCUCUCCCGACACUCGAAACUGGACAGCCGCCUACCAGAUCUCCGAACCCUUUGGCUCAAUGGCGAGGUCGUCACUACGGAUCUGGUUCAGCGGACACUGAAGGCACUUCCCAAGACUCGUUUACUCAAUUGCUACAGUGCCAGUGAGACCCACGAAAUCGCGUGCGGCGAUUGUCAGGAGAUGAUCAGUGCCGAAGCCACAGUAUGCCCCGUCGGACCCCCGAUGGAUCCAAAUCACACUUACAUCCUCGGCGAGGAUGGUCGAAAGGUUCAACCUGGAGUCAGUGGAGAGUUGGUUGUGGGUGGCAGUCUUUUGGCACGUGGUUAUCUGAAUCUUCCAGAUACCACAUCCAAAGCGUUCCUGCCAGACGCCUUUGAUCAGACAUCAGGUGCGCGCAUGUAUAGGACCGGCGAUACAGCCCGUAUCCUCCCAUCGGGCCUGCUGGAGAUUACUGGUCGUGUCGGAGCCAUGAUCAAGCUUCGGGGAUACAGCAUCCAACCAGGCGCUGUUGAGAAUACGGUGGUGAAGCAUCUGUCAGUACAGCACUGUGCCGUUGUUGCUCAUGGGGAUGGCCUAGAACGACAACUAGUGGCAUACUUCGUGCGUGAUAAUGAGCCUGCUGGUCGUACCGUAUUGUCCGUUGAGGACUCGGGUUACAGUCCGGUAGCGCGGCGAGCGUUGGCAGACCACCUCGCCCACUAUAUGAUACCGGCUCUGUGGAUUCAAAUGGAUGAGCUGCCUACUCACGAAGUCUCAGGCAAAGUAGAUUUGAAGGCGCUGCCCGACCCUAUGAUGUUAUUGAGGAAAACCAACGGUGUAAAAAAACAGAAGGAGAAGGACACAUCAAUCAAGGUUGAGCAGAUUGCCAAGAUAUGGGCCGCGUCGUUGAACUUGUCGGUUCGCUCCGUGACACAGGAGCACGAUUUCUUUGACCUGGGCGGACACUCUUUGGCACUCGCGGACUUGGCACGGCGACUGACCGAGGGCUUCGGCUUUCCUGUCCCACUAGCUCGUCUGGCCGGGAACCCUACCCUCGAGGGCCACCUUGAGGUGGUACGUUCUGCUCGUGAUGGACAUGUCGCUGCAGUGCAAGCAGACCUUCCGGCUUUUCUGCGCGCCGACUCGGCUCUGCCAGACGAUAUUCAACCUAGGGGCAUCUCAAUGUGUGCUCUCAGCGGAGCCGACACAAUCUUCUUGACCGGUGUGACUGGGUACCUUGGCGCCUUCCUACUGACUUCGAUCCUGGAAAGCACGUCAGCCAAUGUGGUGUGUCUCGUGCGUUUCGCCCACCCUUCGGGGGACGCUCGCCCUGAAGGGAUGGCCCGGCUGCGUAAGAAUCUGCUAGACCUGGGAAUUUGGCACGACUCGAUUCUGGACCGCGUAGAAAUCCUUCCCGGAAAUCUUGGUCGGAAACACCUGGGUCUAUCAGAAGGCACUUUUGAGGAGCUGGCGUCGCGGGUUCAAGUCAUUAUCCACUGCGGCGCAACGGUCAACCUUGUCUAUCCUUACGCCGCCAUGCGCAGCGCCAAUGUUGGCGGCACGAGGGAGAUCCUACGCCUGGCAUCCCACAGCGGCGCCACAGUUCACCAUAUUUCCACCAAUGGCGUGCUGCCUCCUUCGACCGAUGGAUGGACGGAAGAUGCCGUCAUUGACGUUGAAGAUGUGCCGGAGAAGUUGGUUGACGGCUAUGGACAAACCAAAUGGGUUGCCGAACAGCUCGUACGAGAAGCCAGUCGCCGAGGUAUGCCGGUCAAGAUACAUCGUCCUGGCACAAUUAGUGGCCACAGUGUCCUAGGUUCGACCAACACAUAUGAUCUUCUUACGGCCUUGUUCGUCGAGUCGAUCCACCUCGGAACUGCCCCUGAUAUUGACGGUUGGCUUGCCGAGAUGACACCGGUCGACUUCGUCAGCAAAGCCAUCACGACGCUGUCCAACCAUGUCGAUGGAGACCAACUUGUCUACCACCUUGGCGAUCCAAGCCCAGUAAGUGCCUCAUCUCUGCUCGAUACCCUCACGGAGCUUGGGUAUCCGACAGAGCGGCUUGGCUGGAACGAUUGGGUUGCGCUAUGGAAUCAGAAGAGGGGUGCCAGCAAAGCGGGCGACGACUCGUUUACUGCCGGUAUCCUUCGUCGCGGCAUGCCGACUGUCGAUUUCUUGAAGGCAGUGUCAGUUCUCAAGGAUGGUGCUACUCAACCCAUUCUCAGCCAGUACGGACUUGAACGCCCCAAGAUCGACAGCAAGCUGUUUCAAACUUACACUCGUGAUUUCUACGCCAGAGGUUGGCUCCCACGACCGCCACGACGGGAUCAAACGGUCAAAAACGCCGUCCGAAAAGAAAUGGGACCCCUGGCUGGUCGCGUCGCUGUCGUGACGGGUGCGUCUUCUGGUAUCGGAGCUGCCGUUGCCACUGCACUGGCCAGAGAUGGAGCCCAUGUUGCCCUCGCCGCACGCCGUACUAAGCCGCUAGAAACACUCAAGGCCAGGCUUGCUGGUAACACCGGCAAGAUCAUCGUCCAGAAGACCGAUGUCACAGACAAGACCCAAGUGGAAGCGCUGAUGCGGGAAACCACGGAACAGCUCGGCCCCAUUGAUAUCCUCGUCAGCUGUGCUGGUGUCAUGUACUUCACCAUGAUGGCCAACGUGCAGACGGACGAAUGGGAGCGCACGGUCGAUGUGAACUGUAAAGGUCUGCUGCACUGCCUCUCCUCGACCGUCCCGUCGAUGCUCUCCCGCGGCAAGGGCCACAUUGUAUCCAUUUCAUCAGACGCCGGCCGCAAGGUCUUCCCGGGGCUGGGCGUCUACUCGGCCAGCAAGUUUUUCGUCGAAGCGACACUGCAGAGCCUGCGUCUCGAGACGGCCGGCACCGGGCUGCGCGUCACCAGCAUACAACCUGGUAACACGGCGACGGAGCUGCUGGGCAUGUCGACCGAUGCCGAGGCCAUCAAGAAAUUUGGCGAGCCUUCAGGGGCGCGAGUACUGGAUCCCGAAGAUGUCGCCGAGGCGAUUGCCUAUGCGCUGCGCCAGCCCGAGCAUGUGGCUGUGAAUGAGAUUUUGAUUGAGCCGAGGGAUGAGCCGAUCUAA